AAGUUCCAUUCUGCACUUGACACACUCUUCGAGACUCUAGGAGACACGCAGAACUGGUAUGUUUUCUGGAUUAAUCCGAAUGACUGGCAGCUGCCCAACCAGCUUGAGGGUCAUUCUGUCAAGGGCCAGGUGCGCAGUCUGGGCAUGACAGAGAUUGCGAAGCACAAUGUGAAUAUGUUUGAGGUGGGGAUGACUCCAGAGGAGUUUUUUCAGAGGUACAGGGAUCUGAUCUCGGCUUUGGGCAUUUCAGAU